CGCCUCUCCAGCUCUCCACACCCCGCGCGCCUGCAGAAACGCUGGGGCUCUGAGCUGUCACCACUACCAGCCCCCAGGCCUCGGACACCAUGCAGGCCAUCAAGUGUGUGGUGGUGGGAGAUGGAGCCGUGGGCAAGACCUGCCUGCUCAUCAGCUACACCACCAACGCCUUCCCUGGAGAGUACAUCCCCACCGUGUUUGACAACUAUUCAGCCAAUGUGAUGGUGGACAGCAAGCCUGUGAACCUGGGGCUGUGGGACACGGCUGGGCAGGAGGACUAUGACCGGCUUCGGCCACUCUCCUACCCGCAGACGGACGUCUUCCUCAUCUGCUUCUCCCUUGUCAGCCCAGCCUCCUAUGAGAACGUCCGGGCCAAGUGGUUCCCCGAGGUGCGACAUCACUGUCCGAGCACACCGAUCAUCCUGGUAGGCACCAAGUUGGACCUGAGGGACGACAAGGACACCAUCGAGAAGCUGAAGGAGAAGAAGCUGGCACCCAUCACCUACCCGCAGGGCCUGGCACUGGCCAAGGAGAUUGACUCAGUGAAAUACCUGGAGUGCUCGGCCCUCACCCAGCGAGGCCUGAAAACUGUCUUUGAUGAGGCGAUCCGAGCCGUCCUGUGCCCGCAGCCCACACGGCCACAGAAGCGCCCCUGCAGCAUCCUCUAGGGGAUGCACCCAGCCUUCCCAGCCAGAUGGUUCUGAUUCUCCAAGGGCCCCACCCAACGCCCAGUGGCCCCCUGGCUGGCCAUGCUGUUCCCUUCCUGUGGCGUUUCUUAGCAAGAUGGCUGCAGAGCUUGGUUGACCGUCUUCUCUGUGCUGAAGUCCCCCUGAGGGCCCAAAGAGUGUAAAUUCGUAGGUGCUGCGCCCCCAUCCCCUCAUGCUCCAGCCUUCUCAAGGGCCAAAAGGAGGUCCCAGCACCCAGUAAGCCACCCCUGUGUUGCUGUGUUCAGAUGCCACACAUGGCUUCAUCUACCCCGUUACUCUUCCCUUCACCCCCAGUGCCUGAAUCCCCUCUGCGAACUUCAGGCCAGAUGGUUGCUGGCCACCACUUAUAUACCUUCAGAGAUGGAUCUCUCCUUCCCUUCUGGGGCAGUGGUAUACUCCAGUACUGAUGGUCUUGCUUAUUGAGACUUCUUCUGAGGAGUUAAAUUAAGUGUCUCAGAAGGUUUGUUCCUCUGGUCUUAGUCCUCCUUUGGGGACAACAUACAUUCAGAUUUUCUAAAUCUCUGUGAGUACCUGCCCAGUCAGCCAAAAAAGAGGGUCCUGCUGACUCCUGCCAUCUCUCAAGUCUUUCUGCUCCACUCACAGGACCCUGAGCUGCAUUUAUCUGUGAGAGUCUUAAAACUUUCAGACCUUGCCAGUCAGGACUUUUGCCAUUGCAAAUAGAAACCCUGCUUAAGCAGAAA